AUGGCGGCAGGGUCCGGCUCACGUGGCAAGUCUGGCUUGGUCUGCGGCAUUUGCAUGAAGGACACGCCCUGGCCAACGAACAAUGAUGGCCACCCCACUGGCGGGGGGUGUCUAGAAUGCAAGACGCUGACGACCAGAUUGUUUCCCGGAAAGACCUUUGAGCAGGUUGUCGUACUUGUUGGGCAGAACUCCGACGAGGGACGCUCUGUGGCGUCGCAGAUCAAGGGCGGCCGGAAGAUCUUGAGUGGCCUCAAGGAAGCCGCGCCAGACGCUGCUCCGUUCUUCCGCCCAGCAAGUGACUCGGGUACCAUGGUCUACUGGGACGUGGGCCUGCUCACGGACGAGGAUGCGAAGACCCUGUUCAACGGCCUCACACCCAAGGAGCUUGGGCUGAGGGAAGUGAAGGUGUCCACGGAAAGGGACCUGGAACCCAAGAAGAUGUGGGCAAUUGGCUUGAAAGGCAUGCCUGAUGCCGUGAACUUGUCUAUCCGGAAAUUGCGCACCUUCUACAAGGCAACCGUCUACUGGGACACGCAAUGGCUGUCCCGGGAUGAGCAAUUGAGCAAGGAGCAGGCAGCUGCCACUUGGCAAUGGCAGCAUGGCAAGGAGAAGGAAAGCCAAGCCGUGAAGAGUAGGCGUGGCCUUGUGGACUUUGAGGAGUGUCUUCAGCUAACCGAAAAAGAUGAGCACGAACGCGAGCAGGUGAUGGAGCGAGAGGCUGCCGCGAGAAAUUCCGAGCAGGGAAGCGAAGACGGGUGCAGUGACAAGGAAACCUCGGACCAGGAGGACCAGGAUGGCUACGGUGGGAGAUUGAAAGCUCCUGAAAAGGUGGCUGACCCCAGCAAGGAGGCCGAGGAGGACGACCCCCGGGCCAAGUCCGCCAAGAAGCCGAAGGGCAAAGCAAAGUCGGGCGGCAAGAAGCAGCAGCCCUCGGUGGAGGAAGUGGCCGCCGACGAGGAGGAGGAUCAGCCCAUGUCAGACAUGGACGAGGGCGAGGUGGAUGUGGAGAUGGAAGACGUCGCCAAGACCCACAAGAGAAACACAGGCAAGGCGACGACCGUCUUCCACGCCCUGGUCGUGUCUGUCUUUCUACGUGGAGAGGGGCAGGCUCAAGUUGUGACCGGC